AUGCCUUCGGCGCGCUGCCUCGUCCUACUUUCCGCCGCCCUAGGUGAUUUCGUCGACGAGACCGACGAGAAUGGGGACACGGCACUCAUCAUCGCUGCGGCCCUUGGCAGCUCUGAGGCCGUGGAGGCGCUCCUGGAAGAGGUGGCCCAGCUGCUCCUCGAAUCAGAAGCGCAAAUCGAUGCCCGAAAUGACAAGGGGCAGACCGCGCUACACGUCGCCGCGGCGUACGGCUCGGAGAAUGUGCUGCAGAUCCUCGUGGCUCGGGACGCUGCUCUAGGGACUGGCCUGUUAGAGGCUGUCUCUAGGAAGGGCCACACGCCCCUGCACGAGGCUGCGACGUACGGCACUGUCGGUGCGGCAAGGUUGCUAUCGCAGACUGGCUUGGCGCUUAAUGCAACUGCAAAGGACGGCACGACAGCAUUCCUCCGCGCCGUGAUCGAGGGGCACGAGGACAUCGUCCUCCAACUCAUCGAGGCGGGCUCCUGCGUCUAUGCGAGAGCCGACGGGCCGCUUGAGCUUUCCAACCUCACGAUGCUUGAUUUUGCAACGCUGGCCGAGCGCACGAGCAUGCUGCGCACGCUUUUUCGGCACGCUUUUUCCGGCGCGGGGCCGCUGGUAAUCGGCGCCCUCAGAAUUGCAGCACGUUUCGGCAAGGAACGGAUGCUGAAUGCUAUAUGCGAGCUCGACCUCGCCUCUUGCCAGCAGUUUGCUGCCGAGCAGCAGCUAGAAGAAGAGGAGCAGGGUGUACGCGACGCUCACGUCCUGCGAAUCGGUCCGAGCGGCGACCAUGAACACGCGCCCGGGCCCACGGAGCACGGGCACGAGAAUGCUCAUGGGGAGAGCGCCGAACGGAGCAAGGAUGAGCUUUGA